AACCUCCGAGUUGUGUUGGUGUUUAGUGCAUUUGACUGUAUGGGUAUAUAGUCGCUGGCUGUGCUGCUGUUUCGAAAACGAAGGAAAAGAGAAGAGAAUCACUUGUGGACUUGUGCAUAAAGUACAAUAUUAAGUGUAUUUUCAUUUCAUCAUUUACCCCACAAAAUAUCCCAUUUUUGCUGGUUUUUCGCGUGAACAUCGCAGUGCUAAGUGCCCCAAACACCUUUCAUGUGUCUUUUAUGCGGAAUUCAUUGGGAUUUGAGGGAAAAUUGAGGAAAAAAUAAACCCCUUUUGACAGACGGGAAAUGGUAGCGGAGAGUGCUUUUUACGGGCGACGACGCAGUGAAUAGGUGGCGUUGUUGACGGAGUUCCAAUCGAGUGGUCCUUAAGGAGGAACGAGGUGUAUGACAGUGCUUUUAAUGUGAAUCCUCGAAUUAUAGCAGUCCUCAAAGUUGUAUGAACUGAUGAGAAUAACAGCGAAACAUGGCAACGCGAGAAAGAAAAGCCAAGUUGAGUGCAGAAUCACCCACACCAACAGGGAGUGAAUCUACACCAUCAACUCCGACAACAAAUGCCACUGCCGGAGGCGGAAAAAGUGGGCGCAAGUCAUCAAGUGGAGCAUCUGUGACGACUACGGGGAGGGGGAGAGCGACACGUGGAACUACGCAACAGGUGACUGACGAAGGGGAGCCUGAGAAGGAGAAGACGGAGGAGAAUGUCGAAGUGGCAAGUGAGAUAGUGAAAACUCCGCGAACACCACGUGUGAGCAGGGCAGCGACAACAGUAGCUCAAAAGGCGGCAGAAGCCAAGGCAGCGGAUGUAAAACCUGCAGAGGAAAAGGAUUUGACUGAAGGGAAUGAAGAAGUGAUGACUGAGGGAAAUGAGAAUGGCGAGGAAGACGGUCAGAUUGCUGAGGAAGAUCCACAGAAGAACAUCUCUUCUAGUCCAAUGACAUUGAGAAAGUCUGCGACACCGACACGAAGGGGUCCUGGCAGACGACGGAAGCGAGUGAAGCGGGAUGGAGUUAUUCGUGCUAGAGCCAUUAUCAAGAGGAAGACCAUGCCGGCGAUUUCCAGUCUCCCAGUGAAAAUGGUAACGCGUCGCAAUAGCAUGGCGAAAAUUGAUGCUAUCACGAGGGUUCUCAAGGAAGAGACAAUUCCUGUGAGAAAAUCGACCAGAACGCGUCGCAAGACAAAAAUCGCUGAUGUGGAGCCUGUUAAAAAGAAACGGAGGAGAAUGAUGUCGGAACAUGACAAGGAACCACCGAAAGAGGACACAGAAAUGAAGCAGCCAGAGAAGGUGGCCAAGAAUGAAGUCUUGUCAGAUUCGGAGCUGAUCAGGAGGCGAUCCGAUUCAGUGUCAAAAUACUCAGACACUACGGAUAACUCAAGUUUCUACGAUUCUGGGAUGCUCAAAGGAUCUGAAGAGUGGGGUAGAGAUAGCAAUGCUACUCCUAAGGCCGAUACCGAGGGUGAAGAUACAAAAGUGGAAAACAGUGAGAUGGAGGAUUCAAAUGCCGAAAUCAAGCCGGUGGUGGAAGAGUCAGAAACACCUCAGACACAGAAGAAGCAAACUGGUCUCGUGAGACGAAGUGGACGAGCCCGGAAAACUAUGUUGAAGGAAAAGGAGAAGGAAGUGGAGGUGACUGGAAGUGCCGCGAAAACUAAGGUGGCUGAAAACAAGACUGAUGGACAAGAGCCUGUGAUGAACUCCGAAGAGCACACAGAUGUGAACAGUGCAAAAGGUGCUCCACUACAUGUUGAGACAGUUGUGAAAGACUCUAGUGCAGUGGAAGAGGAUGCAAAGGAGUGUGAGGAUGAGAACGAGGUAAAGAAGGCAAAGGCUUCAUCUCUCAGCCCUGAACUAGUGAGCGAGGGAGUGUCGCCAAUAAGUGUCCAACAAUUUUACGGACAGCCAGCUUUUCUGGAGAACAACUUAGGCAUUGAGGAGGAUCCUAAACUACGAGAAAUUGUCCAGGUGAAGGAGAAGAUUAAGCAAGGAGAGGACACAGAAACGAUUAAGAAGGAGAACGAGAUCAAAGAUGAAGAUGAGACAGAAGAGAACAAGGUGAAAGAUGAGGAUACGGAAGCAAAAGAAAUUGUUAAUGGAACUACUGAGGAUGAAGUUGAAAACGUAGUGAAAGUCGAAGAGUCUAAACACAAAGGGAAAGAUAUUGAUAAGACAUCUGAAGAAAUUAAGGAUGCCCUGGAUAAUGAGGAAUUUGAUAAAACAGACACGGAACCCAGCAUUGAAAAUAUUCUGGAAAAUACAGAUUCUAGGGAAAUUGCAGACGAUGAAGUUCAAGUGAACGACAAAGAAAAUGUAGUAUCGAAUGGAGAGGCUCCUCAGCAAUCUGAAAGAGACAGUGAAAUCAUGAGUACCUCUACCAAGUCUCCUGUGUUGGAAUCUCCUGAGACACGCCUGAAGAAGGAGUGUCACUUGAAAUCACUUGGACUUCUCACUCAUGAGGCUGCUGUUGAGGCAAAAAUUGAAAAGGCUCGUCGUCGUGAAUUUUUCAAGAGUGCAGCCAACAGCUCCUCUCUCUCCUCGGCGUCAUCGACUUCUUCUGGCUCUUCGGUGAGCUCCCAACAGUCGAAUGGCAAGAGUGGUCGCGUACAAAGCGGCCAGGAAUAUACAGGAACGCUUAAGACUGUGAUAAAGCUUCAUCGGCCACAGACGCAGGACAAACGCAGGACUAGAAUGCCUCUUAAGAUGACAUUCCAAAAGGGUAGAGUCAAAUCUGUGACAAGCGGCAAUGACAAGGAUCAAGUUAAUGUGUUCAAUUCUGAUGAGGAUACUUACUACACUAUACAGAAUGAGAUCGAUGGCCCAAAUGCUGACACAGUUCAUGGUGGGAUAAGUCGAAAAACUCAUUACCGCUCUCACACUGGUGAUUCGGCUGCAAAUGUAAGUGUGACAACUGAACCAUCGAAAGAGGUGCAAAAAGCUCUGGUUAUUCCGGAGAAGGCAUCAUCUUUCAGUAUUCAUCCUGGGCGACUGUGUCAGGACCAGUGUUUUUACUGUGGGGGAAAGUUUGGCCUCUUCGAUACACCUUGUCAUGUGGCACAAAUUAAAUCCUUGGAGCGUCAGAAGAAGAUUCUUGACAAUGAGGAGAAACUGACCGUGGACAAUUGCUUAUGCGAUGCAUGUUAUCGCCAUGUGGAUCGUCGUGCCAACUGCCCAUCGUAUAGGAACAAGAGGCAAUCAGCAGCACUCAUGUCGUCGGAGUUCAAGGGGGACGCCGCGGCUGAUGCGAUCCAACAUGAAACCGAGGAAGCAAGAUCAACGGCACUGUGUUUGGUGACUGGCUGUGGUGAGGCGUCGUCACAUCUUCUGCGCAGAAAGUGGUUCUCAAAAAUGCGAAAGCCGAUUAACAAGCUGAUUAGACUCAAUGUGGAUGUAUCGAAUGCUCAUGGAUUGGGCCAAGUGCCAAUAUGUCACAAGCAUUAUGAUAUCAUCAGCCAUCUGAUGGUGUGCGUUUUGUGCAAAAGGAAACUGCCAAGAAAUCACAUUUUUUACAUUAAUCAUGAAAUCAAGCGCCUAGAGCAAUUGAUUAGAAAGCAGGGAAUCCCUGUGACUCUGGGAGCAAAUGCUGUGGUGUGUAAGCUAUGCCGAUAUUAUACAAAUCUACUUCUAAAACCUCCGGAUAGAAAGACACAAGCUCAAUUUGUCAGGAACUACCGCCAACGACUACUUUCCUUUCGCAAUGUAGACAUAUUAGAUGCCUCUGAUGACAAGGAGGGUAAUCUGAGGAUGCAGUCGAAGGAAAAGAAUGCCAUUGGAACGAGGCACAGUGGCAGGAAGUCGAGUGAUGAGGAACAGGAUAUGUCUGAUCGAAAAGAUACAUCGCGCAAUACCUCAUCUGGCCAAAUACUCCUUGAUAAUGACGUAAUGGUGGACUAUGAUGUCCCGAUGCUUGAUGGUGGAUCCUAUUCAGGACAGAAGGCGAAGCAGCAGAAGAUGCAGAGUCUGCUCCUGCCGAGAAAUCAGCAGCUUCGCGAGAAACAACUGCGACAGGAACAAAUGGAGAGAGAGAAUGAGAUAUCGAGAAUGCUGAGGACCAAUCCCAAUAUAUCCAUGCGGGAACUUUUCCCAGGUGAGGAUGAAAUGGGCCUUCAGGUGUAUUUGCCUUUUGGCCAAGGGGGCCAUAGGACACCUGAAGGAUGGACCCGAGCUCCGAGUAUUCUACAGUACGACGAUGCCACGAGACAGCUGUGGGAAGAACUACAGAAGCCCUAUGGGAAUCAGUCGAGUUUCAUCCGACAUCUGGUGUUGCUGGAGAAGUACUUUCGAAAUGGUGAUUUGAUACUUUCGCCAGGAGCUAGUAGCAAUGCUGUUACGUACUCUGAAUCUGUACAGAACCGCCUCAAGUCCUUCGACAACGUACCAUCAGACAGCAUGAGUAUUUUUCAUCAACUCAGCAAUGCUCCCAUCACUAUUACACCUGCCAAUCCCAAGGGAAGGACAUCUACUGGAGGAAGAUAUGACAAUGGUCCAGGAUCUUCUACUAGUCUCUUGAAGUCCAACAUUUCCCGGAAGGAGAGCCUCGCAGAUGGCUAUAGCGGCUCUGAGAAGGGGUACAAGUCUCAAGAGGGUGUUAGUAUUAUAAAGAAAUCCGCAAGUGGAGCCAUUCCACCGGACUUGAUCAGUAUCACCACGACUCCAACUAACAAAUCUUCAGCGGUCAUGGACACGAUCACAGUAACUGCAACUGGUGGUCAGAAGGGAAGUUCACCGCCGUCUAGUGGCGUAUCUCCAUCGCCACCGCCCAGCACAGUGCAGCCCAUUGUCAAUCCCAAGGAUGUGAUUGUGAAGCUCCCGGAUACGUUGAGCCCUGCUGAGCGUAGAUUGGUCAAUGGUAAGGCGUGGCGUCCCACUCUGAUGCCAAUUGCGCCUCUGGAGCGCGACUCGAGUCGCGAUGGGGCCAAUACGCUGUAUCAGACUGCCGAUGGUCGUCUCCUGCCCAGCCGAGUGCAGGUGAUGUCCGGCGGGAAGCCGUACCACAUAUCAAUCUAUGACUACAACAGGAUGUGCAUUUUGCGGCGUGAGAAGAUAAUGCAAAAGGCCAUGGCGCAACAGGGGAAAUCCGAGAAUGGCCAGAGAUCAUCUCCGCCGCAACAGCCCAUUGCAUCCACGUCUAAAGGAAAGGUGAGUAUACCAAAUAAGAUUCUAGAGCAAAAUUCUGUGUUGCCGGUUAGUGGGAAAUCAUGCCCCAGUGGCCCUUCGUCAGAGCUACAGUCGCUGAUAAAGGUGCGGAAGCCCAAUCCGACAUCUCUGCUGAAGAACCAGAUUCCCAUCGCACCUAAACCACCGGUGAUGCCGCAGCCCGCCAUCUCUGCCAUUGUGUCUCUCACCACGACGACCAUGCCAAACGCCAAUCCAAUGAUGUCAAUUAUUGACCUGAUGAAGACCACCACCAGCCCGGCCGCCACUACGAAUAUGUGGCUUCUGAAUGAGCCGCUCAAUGGACCAGCAUCUGGGGAGGCCGCCUCACUCUUGUCCAAGAUACCAAAAUCUCUUACGGUGAUUCCACAACAGAAAGGACGCUCCGGCUCGAGGGUAUCCUCCGGCGAGGACCAAAGUAGUGCCUAACACAAGUGUUUGCGUUUCCCAAACCAGGGAAAUCGUCUUAUCUCAGUAGCGGCCUCGCUCUUGCAUAGGUAGAACACGUGAGUUCAACAUAUUUUUUUGUAAACCUUCAGAGGUGAAUAAGAGAUAUAUUGUGUAUAUACUAGGAGUUGCCGAGGAUUGAUAUACUAAGGAAACAUUAUAUAUUCUAGUAUAGUGAGAGUUGAAAUAUUAGUAUACCCUCCAAUGCCCCUUGACAAGAUUAUAUUAGAAAAUGAACAAAAUAAUUCGUACGAGUACCUUAAAAGAGAAUUUAAAGAUUAUGCUGGUGGAUAGAGAGAGAAAUCUUUGUGAAAUAAUAAUGUUCCAAGGUUUAUUUUUCUAUAUAUAAAUUGAAGUAAUGAGAUGAAAUUGAAAUUAUUGUAUAUUGAGUAUUUACAGAAUAUUGGAGCAAAUUAUCGAAGAAAACGACGAAUAAGAUAUGUAUAGGAUUAUUGGGUGAAUAGGUUGAAGAUGGAGAAAAAAUAUGUAUUUUUACAGCAAAAUUGUGGCCGAAGAAAUAGUAUCGAAAUAUAAAGAUUUGAAAUUAGGGAAAAAAAUUGAUAAAAGACAAUUCCAUAUUUUUCUAUGGAUCACCAUUUUUGGAUAAGAGAAAUAAAUAUGCUUGAUAAAUCAUAAAAUGUUAAGCAAUACAAGUGUAAUUAUACCUAUUACAGAAGUGACUUGGCUGGUAGGCAAAGUGCAAGUAUGUAUAAGAUUGCAUGAAAGCAUUAACUGGUGUGAGGAAUUUUACGAAGCAAUAUAAAUUGUUUGAACACUUUCUCUGUACGUAUUUAAAAGGCAUAUAUACUUUAGAAAAAAAUACAGAGAAAGGGGAUAUGAUAUCUGUUUGAGAUAUGUAUAAGAGAAUAUUUUUCUAUCACAAAUUUCACGGUCUUACUGUAAUUAUUAUUUAAUAUUUAGUGAUGACUUUAAGAAGAUCACCCAACAAUGUUAUCCUUAUGUAAUGUAAAUAUUUGAAUAGACACCCCUUGUAGAUGAGUAAGGAUAAAAAUUGCUCGAGAGCAGAAACACGGUAAAUCUUUGAACAGAGAAUUACAAGAUAUAGAUUUAAACGUGGCCUUUUAUGAAUUUCGCGGAGAGAAAUAUAGUGUGAAAAGAGGAAUUUUUGCCACUAACAUUACAUAAUCAAGUGUUAACACCACUAUUUUUUGAAGAGGAAAUAAAAUUCUACGAUAGACAUAAAGAAUUUAUUUAAUCGCUUAACAUGAUAAGUUCACAAUUUCCUUUCGACAGAUUAAUGUGCUCUCGCAUAUAAUUCACUCAUUCGAACACACUAAAAAUCAUUGAUAUUUCUUAUAGUUUCUUUUACUAAUAUGUACCUACACUGAAAAUUAAUUAAAAAAGUAUAGUGAAACCUUUAAAGUAAUGGAUUUAUGAUCAAAGGAAAACGUCUCCUUUUGUAUCGUAUCAUUUGAACUUUCUCAUGGAUUUGAUCAAGUUUUAUCUUAAUGGUAGCAACUAUCCAAAUCAUUGUAUCAAUAUAGUAUAUAUUUUUUAAGUAUAUAGUUUGACAUGGAAAAUAUAUAUAUUGACAAAAAGCUGUUCCACAUUCAAUAAAAAUAUAAAUAUACAUAUUUAAUAGGGAUAUUUAUACAUAAUGUCCAAUUUUCGAAUUGCGCAUACAAUAAAAAUUGAUCACUCAAA